AUGAGCCUGCAGUGCGCCCAGGUGGCCAAGGCCAACAGCAUCCUGGCCUCGGUUGCGGUGCCAGCGUCCCACGUGCUGCAGAAAGCGCGGAUGAAGCUCAUCAGCAGGGAGCAAUGCUUGGAGCGGAUCCCACAGCUAAUGGAGAACAUGCUGUGUGCUGAGCUGGAGAAAGGAGAAAGAGGCACCUGCCAGGUGGACAGCGGGGGACCUGUGGUUUGCAGCUACUGGAACACCAUGAAGUGGUUUCAGGUCGGCAUCGUCAGCUGGGCAGAAGAUUGUGUGGAAAAGCCAAACCAUGAGAUCUUAAUGUCUGUUUACAGCUACCGUGAUUGGAUCGAGACUGAGACAGCCAUGAGGGGGAAACCUUUCUUCACUGAAGGCAUGGAUAAACAUGCAAAUGUCAGGGUGGUUCCUUCCAGGACUGAGACACAGCUGGUGUUUCUUGAGUAUUGUCUCCUUUUGUUUAUCUCUUUAAUAGCAGUUAGAUUUCUCUAG